ACAACCUCUGGUAUGAGUUUGACGACCAGAGCGUCACCGAGGUGUCGGAGUCCUGCGUCCAGAACGCUGAGGCCUAACGUUCUGUUCUACAAGAAGAGCAACGAGGAGGCGCUGAAGGAGAGGAGGAAGGUGACUGGUCUACUCGGCGUGACGGAGCCCAGUCUGCUACAGUUCUACGUCUCCAGACAGUGGCUCAACAAGUUCAAGACUUUCGCUGAGCCUGGACCCAUCUCCAAUGACGACUUCCUCUGCUCACAUGGAG